GAGCUCUAUUCAGUUAAGUUUGUAGCUUCCUUUUUAAAUAAUUCCAACGUGACACUUCAGAGUCAGACUCUUCACAGACCAGAAACAGUGGGCUAACCAAAGAAGGGCCACUUUUUAAAUUCUGAACAAGCCUGCAAUAGAGACCGACUGGCUCCCUGACCUUCAAAAACCGAGUCGUAUCUUGCUUGUUUUCAUCUGCCUCUCGCUUGCUCAAACGCCUCUUCUAUUCCCGGUGACCUCACAAGUCCCUGCGCGUUGAGAGGCAAGGACACCAGGCAAACAGCAGGACAGGGCACCUCUCUGUCUCCAGCCUGCCUUGGAACCUCGCCACCUUCCUCACCGGCGACGUCACCACCGCGCGCAUCUCGCGCGCUCCGGACACACCCCCGGCCAAGGCCUGCCAAAACCCAGGAUCCCGAACCCCCAUUGGCGGAUCCGCCCCCGCCUGCCCGCGGCGGGACGGAGCCUCGCCGAGGGCCCGGGGCUGCCAUGGGCGAGGAGGCGGCUCAGCCCCGGCGGCCCGGGGUCGGCGUGGGGGUGGUGGUCACCAGCACCGCGCACCCCGGCUGCGUCCUCCUGGGCAAGCGGAAAGGCGCGCUGGGCGCCGGCACCUACCAGCUCCCCGGAGGCCACCUGGAGUUCGGGGAGAGCCUGGCGGAGUGCGCGGCGCGGGAGACGCUGGAGGAGGCGGCGCUGCCGCUGCGCCACGUGCGCUUCGCGUCGGCCGUGAACGCGGUGUGCGCGUCCCAGCGCUACCACUAUGUCACCGUGCUCAUGAAGGGCGAGGCCGAGCCGGGUGCCGAGCCGCGCAACCAGGAGCCCGACAAGAACGAGGGCUGGGAAUGGGUCAAAUGGGAUGAAUUUCCUCCAGCAGAUCAGCUGUUCUGGGCCUUACGCUGUUUAAGAGAGCAAGGUUACAAUCCCUUUACAGAAGAGCUCGAUCAUCUAAAGGGGUACACGGGAAGUCACCAAUUAGAGUAAAAACAAAUUGUAUAUUAUGAAGGACAGACCUACUUUUUUGGUGUAGAAGAAAAAAGAUAUGCUCAACCUGCCCAUGUGAAAAUACUAUCUUUCCCAAAGAAGAACAUGCCAACUGUUUUAGUACUUUUCCCAUAUUUCACAUGACAGUUGUCUCUCAUUCCAGACCCAUUUCUAGGUUUAGUAGUUAAUAAUUAACUUUUUCUUUUACAGAAAACAGUGAUUUAUCUAGUUAGUCUUUAUAUUGAUGACCAGCCAUUUGGAAAUCAGCACUAGCCAGGGAAGCUUACUCACUUCAAAACAGUUGCAGCAAAACUUACUAAUUUAAACCUGCUUUCCUGUAAUUAUUGGACCAAUUUUAAAACUUAGCCUUGUCUCUUAGCUUCAGUUAGGAAGCUACCGUCAUGAACAAAAGUUGCAUUUAAUAGACAAUGCCUUUUUUCCCUACAGACAGCAGUAUACCCUUGAAAAUCAAGAGUCUUAUAAAUACUCUUGAAAAGAUUGUCAUGACUUAUUGGAGGGAAUGAAAAUUCCCUGACCUUCCUUGCCAGUUGUUUUCAUAAGAGUUCUGUUUCGAGCCUCUGUUACAUUGAGUUUAUCUGCAGAAAUGUCUCAGAUCUCUGCAACUGAUCUGAAUUUGUUACUGAACUCUUAGAAUGGAGAGGUGCCUACUCUACUAGGCUGACACGAAUCUCAUUUCUAAGUGUAGCUCCAUGGCAAAAAUCAUACUUAGUGGCUAAAAAGAGUUGUCAGUAUUAAACUGCACACAUGGGUGUAGCUCUGUAUGGCUGACUAUUAAGAUUUGGUAAAAUUGUGAAUUUUCAGUUUGACUUAUUAAAUAACUAAGUUGUUAGUGAAUGAAAUUACAGUACCCAACAGUACAUAUAAAUCCAAGGAGUUCAUAGUUUUAAUUUUUCUAGAAUCUGUAACUAAUUUUGAUUCUUUUCCAGCUGUUGUCACUAAGACAUCAGUGAUUAAUUUUAAGAUACAACUUUUAAAUAAAUCACUAGCUGGCUCUUUUUUUUUCUUGCCAGGGUUGUUUUAUAGCACAUCUCUGGUCUGUUUCCUUUAGAUAUACUCAUUGUACAAAAAUGUAAGAUAUCUUUAAUUUCUUUUGAAUAAAAUACAGGCACAAUACUGAGAAAUUAAAAUUGCCUGAAAUUAUUUAUUGACUUCUCAGUUCUUAAAAGAAAUCAGCUUGAGGGAUGUAAAGCUCUUUCUUACUUUGAACAUAUUUUUUUUUAAAUGGAGAUGGCUCUUCUUGCUGAGAAACAGACAGAGUGAUGAGGCAUAAGGAUGCUACUGCCCCUGGCAAUCCUCCUGCUUAGAGUUUGAAGUAUUAAUUAUGUGCAACUUCCCUUAGGACAGACACACCCGUUCUCUGAAGUGAAGAAAGAAAUAACGUUACACAGCAGUCUUGAAACGGGAAAUUUCACCAAAAAUUCCUUUGCUACUGUAACUUUGUAAAAAGCUUAGUUUUCUAUUAAAAAGUGGAGAUUUGGUUCCUGCCAGCAACCUUAUCUACACUGAAAAUUAUUCCAUUCAGCUGUCAACAAAGAAGCUGUGGGAAGAGUUGACAGAUGUCCUGCCCAUCUGUCACAAAGAAUAAUGAAGAAAAAAAUUAAAUUAUUUAGUACAAUUUUAAAUUUUAGAAAACAUUUAGGUCCUGAUGAGAAAACGGGGACCAGUGUAAAAUGGUCAAUCAUGCAAUAUUUUCUUGGCAUAUUUUGUUAGUGGUUAUAUACAUUCUAUUUCUUGUAAAUACACAAGUAGACACUGAAAUGAGGACAGAAACAGUAUCUCCAUAUGUCAGCAUUUCUAUAUCUUUUUAAAAUGGACAGAUUAAAAGACUACAGUGCAUUACUGCAACCAGCUGUCAACAAUCCCCAACUUAAAUAACUUUGUUUGUAUGUAUCACACAUUUAUAUUUCCCACCCCUGCAGAAAAUGUGGUUCUCAGUCGAUUUUAGCUGCCAAGACUCAGUCCUUUCAACUAAGUCUUUACUUUGAUUUUUGGUACUUUUGCUAAAUAGGAAAAUCUAUUAUGUACAUAUCUAAGCCACUGAAUAACAGAACACUCAGUUACUAUAUCAUGGUUCACUAAACUGUUUGUAACUGACAGAAUUCACCUAAAAUGGUAUUAUAGUUAGCCAGCACUGAGAAACAUACUCCUGAACUGUAUACAGUUUGGAGCACUGAUGCAAGGAAUCUGAUUAGGAUGCAUCUAAUACCCUGAGUUUGAUUUUAUGCUAAGUGAACAGUGGGCAGAGCUGUUGCCUUACCUAUUUAUGAGAUGUAAUACAUUGGUUUCACUUAAUCCCCUAACAGAGUAACUAACAAGCCAGAAAAAGAAGUGGUCAUUGCUUCAGUUCCCUCUUAUGUCUGGAAACAAUCACCCACCACCAGAAUAUUUCAGUUGGUGAAUUACAUAGAUACAGCCAUAGAAGAGUUUUGGGUAGACUGUAACACUACACUUCCCAUGAGUUUUAAUUACGUAUUUUUGUAUUCUGUUUCAAGAAUGUCCUUGUAAGGUAGAAGAUAAAAGAGGAUGGUGAACUGUGUCAGUGGUGUGUUAAGAGAGUGGCAUUUAGAAAGAAAAUACCAAUCCCAUUAUACAAAGCGUUAAGAAACUCCAUUUUGUAAUGUUGUGUAUGAUUCUGAUCACACAUGUUUUAAGACAAAAACUAAUGUGAGCUAGAAAAGGGGUGGGCAAGGUUAACUAGACUGACUGAGACAGGGCACAUGUAUUUGGAUUAAUGUAAAUUAAAAAGGAAAGACAUUGGACAUAAGCACUCAAGAGGAAAACAUGAUACUGAAUAAAGAUUACAAUAUGCAUGUAUAUGAAUAA